UCGCGCUUCCGGCUGGCAGAAGUGUGGGAGGCGGGGCAUCCGGGUCCUUUGGCGGCUUCUUCUAGACGCGGAGCUCAGCUCGUCUACCCUUGCCAGACUAGGAGGUGUGAAAUUAAAACUUCAGUAAUGGAGUUAGCCCACAGUUUAUUGCUGAAUGAAGACGCUUUGGCUCAAAUCACUGAAGCGAAGAGACCAGUUUUUAUCUUUGAAUGGUUGCGAUUUCUUGAUAAAGUCUUGGUUGCUGCCAACAAGACUGAUGUAAAGGAAAAACAGAAAAAACUUGUUGAACAAUUAACUGGAUUAAUAAGUAGUUCACCUGGACCACCUACGCGAAAAUUGUUAGCUAAAAAUCUUGCAGCCCUUUAUAGCAUUGGAGAUACUUUCACUGUUUUUCAAACACUUGAUAAAUGUAAUGACAUUAUCAGAAAUAAAGAUGACACUGCAGCCUACUUACCAACAAAACUGGCUGCAGUGGCUUGUGUUGGAGCAUUUUAUGAAAAAAUGGGGAGAAUGUUAGGCAGUGCAUUUCCAGAAACAGUAAAUAAUCUUUUGAAAUCUCUGAAAAGUGCAGAGUCUCAAGGGCGAAGUGAAAUCUUAAUGAGUCUACAGAAAGUUCUAAAUGGACUGGGUGGUGCAGCAGCUUCCUGUCAUCGUGAUAUUUAUAAGAAUGCCAGGUCUCUCUUAACUGACAGGUCAAUGGCUGUUCGAUGUGCAGUUGCCAAGUGUCUCCUAGAACUACAGAAUGAAGCUGUGUUCAUGUGGACUGCUGAACUGGAAAAUAUAGCCACUCUCUGCUUUAAGGCUUUGGAAAACUCAAACUAUGGGGUACGGGUGGCAGUGUCUAAACUCUUAGGAACAGUCAUGGCUACAGCAUUGAUGCCAAAACAAGCAACAGUAAUGCGCCAGAAUGUGAAGCGAGCAACAUUUGAUGAAGUCUUAGAACUCAUGGCCACAGGAUUUCUACGUGGAGGGUCAGGUUUCUUAAAGAGUGGUGGAGAAAUGUUAAAAGUUGGAGGGUCUGUUAAUCGUGAAGUGAGAGUUGGAGUUACACAGGCAUAUGUUGUUUUUGUAACAACAUUGGGUGGUCAGUGGUUAGAGCGUAGCUUUGCCACAUUCUUGUCUCAUGUACUUGAUCUGGUUUCCCAUCCUCGGGCAACGCAAACACAUGUAGAGGCUGUGUACUCCAGACGGUGUGUCUCCUUUAUCUUGAGAGCUACUGUGGGCAGUUUGCUAGGUGAAAAAGCCCAGAUUGCAGCUGCCAAAGAAAUAUGCCAAGCGAUUGGAAAGCAAAUGAAAGCAGUAGAAGCGGUAGUGAAUGACACUAGUGGUGAAAACAAAUCUGGAGCAGCAGACAUUGCAGCAAGCCAGCAUGUGAUGGUUUGCGCCCUGCAGGAGCUUGGGAGUCUGGUGCAGAGCCUAAAUGCCACUGCAUCCCCUCUUAUUCAGGAAGCAUCUAUAGGCCUUUUGGAGACAGUGACUUCAGUGCUUCUUCACCCAAGCAUGGCAGCUCGACUUGCUGCUGCGUGGUGUCUGCGCUGUGUGGCUGUGGCACUGCCUUUCCAGCUGGCACCAUUUCUAGACAGGUGUGCAGAACGACUCAACAACCUGAAAACUUCACCAGAAGCUGUUAGUGGAUACAGUUUUGCAAUGGCUGCUUUGUUAGGUGGAGUUCAUCAGUGUCCUUUGGGCAUUCCUCAUGCCAAGGGAAAGAUGGUAGUUAGUAUUGCUGAAGAUCUCUUACGAACUGCUGCCCAAAAUAGCAGGCUAUCUUUACAGCGCACCCAAGCUGGAUGGCUCUUACUUGGAGCACUUAUGACUUUAGGACCAUCUGUUGUUCGUUACCAUCUGCCCAAGAUGUUGUUAUUGUGGCGAAAUGUUUUCCCUCGUUCAUUGAAGGAAUUGGAGGCUGAGAAGGCCCGAGGCGAUUCUUUUACCUGGCAGGUAACAUUGGAAGGUCGUGCUGGAGCUUUAUGUGCAAUGAGGAGUUUUGUUGCACAUUGUCCUGAACUCCUAACUGAAGAUGUGAUUAGAAAAUUGAUGACCCCUAUUGAAUGUGCCAUGACUAUGAUGUCACACAUUCCAUCUGUAAUUAAAGCCCACGGAGCUCAUCUGAAAGCUAGUGCUGCAAUGGUCCGUUUAAGACUUUAUGAUAUCUUGGCGUUGUUACCUCCAAAAACUUAUGAAGGCUCUUUCAAUGCACUUCUUAGAGAACUGGUAGCAGAAUUCACUUUGACUGACAACUCAGCCAACACAACUACUUCCCUCCUCAGAUCCCUCUGCCACUAUGAUGAUAGUGUUCUUCUUGGUUCCUGGCUUCAAGAAACUGAUCAUAAAUCAAUUGAAGACCAGCUCCAGCCAAACAGUGCAUCUGGAAGUGGGGCUCUGGAGCAUGAUCCAUCCUCCAUUUAUUUACGAAUACCUGCGGGAGAAGCUGUGCCUGGGCCUCUUCCCCUUGGAGUUUCAGUCAUUGAUGCUUCUGUGGCUCUUUUUGGUGUAGUGUUUCCUCAUGUUUCUUUUAAACACCGAUUACAGAUGUUGGAUCACUUUGCCGAAUGUGUUAAACAAGCCAAAGGUGUUCGCCAGCAGGCUGUGCAGCUUAAUAUUUUUACAGCUGUUCUUAGUGCACUAAAGGGCCUGGCUGAAAACAAAAGUACUUUAGGACCUGAGGAAGUUCGUAAAUCUGCUCUGACACUAGUUAUGGGGGCCCUUGACAACCCAAACCCCAUCUUACGAUGUGCAGCAGGGGAAGCUCUUGGAAGAAUGGCUCAGGUGGUUGGAGAAGCAACUUUCAUUGCUAGAAUGGCCCAAUAUAGCUUUGACAAAUUGAAAUCAGCUCGAGAUGUUGUAUCCAGAACUGGCCAUUCUUUGGCUCUGGGCUGUUUGCAUCGUUAUGUUGGUGGUAUCGGCUCAGGACAACAUCUGAAGACCAGCGUCAGCAUUUUAUUGGCUCUAGCACAGGAUGGGACAUCCUCUGAAGUCCAGACUUGGUCCCUUCAUUCACUUGCUCUGAUAGUGGAUUCCAGUGGCCCAAUGUAUCGUGGAUAUGUGGAGCCAACAUUAUCUCUAGUUCUUACCUUGCUGUUGACAGUUCCACCCUCCCAUACAGAAGUUCAUCAGUGUUUGGGUAGAUGUUUGGGUGCUAUAAUAACUACUGUUGGCCCUGAACUACAAGGGAAUGGAGCAACAAUAUCCACAAUCCGUUCUUCUUGUUUGGUGGGCUGUGCAAUAACCCAGGACCAUUCAGAUUCUCUCGUGCAGGCAGCUGCCAUAUCUUGCCUUCAGCAGCUUCACAUGUUUGCACCACGACAUGUCAAUCUGUCUAGUCUCGUUCCUAGCCUUUGUGUUCACUUAUGUAGUUCCCAUUUGUUACUUCGACGAGCAGCUGUGGCAUGUCUCCGGCAGCUUGCCCAAAGAGAAGCAGCUGAAGUAUGCGAAUAUGCCAUGAGCCUAGCAAAAAAUGCAGGGGACAAAGAGAGCAGUGGUGCUAAUGUCAGUCCUUUUGCAACUGGAGCUAGUUCUCGAAGUGAUGUCCAUUGCCGGCACCAGGGUGUUAAUAUAACAGAAACUGGUCUUGAGGGACUUCUUUUUGGAAUGCUAGACCGGGAGACUGAUAGAAAAUUAUGUUCUGAUAUUCAUGAUACUUUGGGACAUAUGCUGUCAUCACUGGCUGUAGAAAAACUUUCCCAUUGGCUAAUGCUUUGUAAAGAUGUCCUAGCAGCUUCAAGUGAUAUGAGUACUGCAACUCCCUUAAGUAGUGGAAACGAUGAAGAAUUUGAAAAGAAAGAUGAGAUGGAUGAUGAUACUAUGUUUACCACACUAGGAGAAGAAGAUAAAUCAAAGCCCUUUGUGGCACCUCGCUGGGCCACUCGAGUAUUUGCUGCUGAUUGCCUGUGUCGAAUCAUCAAUUUGUGUGAGAAUGCAGACCAGGCUCACUUUGACCUUGCUAUGGCACGUUCUGCUAAACUGCGAAACCCUACAAAUGAUCUCUUGGUACUUCAUCUCUCUGACCUGAUUCGCAUGGCAUUCAUGGCUGCAACCGAUCAUAGUAACCAGCUGCGGAUGGCUGGGCUCCAAGCACUUGAAGACAUUAUCAAGAAGUUUGCAUCUGUGCCUGAGCCAGAAUUUCCAGGUCAUGUGAUUCUGGAGCAGUAUCAAGCCAAUGUGGGAGCUGCUCUAAGACCAGCCUUUUCACAAGAUACUCCAUCAGACAUAAUAGCAAAAGCUUGCCAGGUAUGUAGUACAUGGAUUGGAAGUGGAGUUGUCAGUGAUCUCAAUGAUCUCCGUCGAGUACACAAUCUGCUUGUUUCUUCACUGGACAAAGUUCAGGCCGGAAAAGGAUCUUCCAGCCAACUCUACCGCGAGAGUGCCACAACCAUGGAAAAACUGGCUGUUCUCAAAGCAUGGGCAGAGGUAUAUGUGGUUGCUAUGAAUAUUAAAAAAGAAGCAGAGUCAAAACCAAAAAGAGCAAUUAAAAAUACUGAUGAUGAUGAUGAUGAUUAUAGUACCAUAAAUGAACUACCACCAGACAGUUUAAUAACACUCGUACAACCUGAACUGCCAACACUCAGUCGCCUGUGGUUGGCAGCCUUAAAAGACUAUGCGCUUUUAACUUUACCAGCUGAAUUUGCUAGUCAGCUACCCCCAGAUGGUGGAGCAUUUUAUACUCCUGAGACUAUUGAUACAGCUAGACUUCACUAUCGGAAUUCCUGGGCCCCAAUUCUCCAUGCAGUGGCACUUUGGUUAAAUAGCACAGGAUUUACAUGUUCAGAGUCAGCAGAAGCGGCAGCAAUAGCAGGUUUACAAAAACGUUCUACACCCAUCAAUUUAAACCAAGCAUCAGGAGCAACGCCUAGUGCUAAAUCUUUGCCAGAAAUUAACAAAGACAGAAUGCAUCUGAUUUUAGGCGUGAGUAUACAGUUCCUUUGUUCCCCAAGACCUGAGGAGCCUGUUGAACAUGUUACAGCUUGUCUACAGGCCUUACACACCUUGCUAGAUUCUCCUUAUGCCCGAAUCCAUAUUGCAGAAGAUCAGCUGAUUGGUGUUGAGUUGCUGAGUGUUUUACACCGCCUCCUACUGACCUGGAAUCCACCAUCUGUCCAGCUGCUGGUGACUGGAGUUGUACAACAGAUAGUAAGAGCUGCUCAGGAUUAUUUGCAAGAAAAAAGAAACACACUAAAUGAAGAUGAUAUGGAAAAAGAGUCCUGUCCUGUAUUAGGAGAAGGAGGUGACAGUGGUGGUCUUAUUCCUGGAAAAUCUCUUGUGUUUGCAACUAUGGAGCUGUUGAUGUUCAUUUUAGUGCGGCACAUGCCGCAUCUCAGUACCAAGAUGUCGGACUCUCCAAGUCACGUAGCCACUAAAACUCGACUGUCAGAAGAAAGUGCUCGUUUGGUGGCAGCCACAGUUACCAUACUCUCUGACUUACCGUCCCUUUGUUCACCUGCUGGUUGUAUGACAGUCCUGCCCACGAUUCUGUUUUUAAUUGCAAGAAUAUUGAAAGACACAGCGAUAAAGUCUGCAGAUAACCAGGUUCCUCCACCAGUCAGUGCAGCUCUUCAAGGGAUCAAAAGUAUUGUGACACUUUCAAUGGCCAAAACUGAGGACACUCAGAAACAGUGGACAGCUCUAAUUCGUAGCACUCUGGCAUGCAUCCUAGAAUAUUCUCAACCAGAAGAUUCUAUGCCUAUGCCUGAUGAAGUAAGCAUGCUAACAGCAAUUGCACUCUUCCUGUGGUCUGCUGGCAGUGAAAUAAUAGGAGUCCAGUCACUGCAGAAUGGCUGCAUGAACAGAUUUAAAAACGCGUUAAAUUCAUGUGACCCAUGGGUUCAAGCCAAAUGUUACCAGCUUCUCCUCUCAGUCUUUCAGCAUUCCAAUCGUGCCCUUUCAACCCCCUACAUCCAUUCAUUAGCUCCAAUAGUGGUUGAAAAGCUAAAAGCUGUUGAAAGAAACAGACCAGCCAGUAAUACAGAACUUUUAGCUGUUCAAGAAGGAAUCAAAGUUCUUGAAACAUUGGUUGCUCUUGGGGAAGAACAUAACAGAGUCCAGUUACUUGCUCUUUUAGUUCCCACUUUGAUCUCUUACCUGCUGGAUGAAAAUUCUUUUGCCUCAGCAAGCACAGCUUCCAAAGAUCUUCAUGAGUUUGCACUCCAGAAUUUAAUGCAUAUUGGACCUCUGUAUCCACAUGCUUUCAAGACAGUAAUGGGAGCGGCUCCUGAGCUGAAAGUACGUUUGGAAACUGCUGUUCGAGCAAGCCAAGCCAGCAAAGCUAAAGCAGCUGCCAGGCAGCCGGCCCCAGCCGUGCAUUCUGCACCAACAAUUAAGCUAAAAACAAGUUUCUUUUAAUGUGCUAUUCCACUCGUUUUUGUUUAUUUUGUCAAUUAGCACCUAAUUAUUGAUAGCCACUGUAUCAUUCCAGUCUAUAGGUUCUACUUUAUUUGUAUAUAGGAAUUAUAUGCUUCCAAGUAGGGUAAGUGAAAUAAUGCUCACACUGGUUUCUGAUUUUGAAGGAAUGAUUUUUUUUUUUUAUUAUGUGGUGAAUGUGCUUUCAUUUUUUUCCUAAUAAUGUUUCUCUUUUAUUAAUUUAUUCUUUAAACACUGAGCCAUAGUCUUUUAAAUUAAAUGCAAAAAAAUUGUAUCAUGUAGUUGAGCAGCCUAUUGAUAUUGUCAGGGGGAAAAAUAGGUCAUAUUCUGCAUCUGUUAUAAAAAAAAUUAAUUGAAAAGCAAGCUGAAUUUAAAUUUUGAAGUAACCAAAAUAAUGUGAAGUGUUGGUUUUGCGGUGUAUCUAUUAAGAAUAAAGUUAACAUUUUCUUAGCAUUUCUCAGAAAGUCCUUACCUUUCAGACAGAUCUUUUUACCUUCAUAUUAGAUUACUAAAUUAUACUUGUGUAUAUUUUAGUUAACUAAAUUAAAACUCAUUUAAACAUUCAUUAAAAUGUUUCAAAUGUGGAAUAAUGUUCUGGGUUUUUUUAAUGGCUAAAAUUUGGCCUCACUUAUGCUUUGUAAUUACAGAGACUUGAGUCUGGCUCUGAUGGUUAGUUUCAUUCAUCAAACAUUUAUUGAGUUCCUACUGUGUAUAAGGCAUCAAGCUAAGUGCUGCAGGGCAUACAAAAAUGAAUAUUAUAGUUAUGCCAGACUCUCAUGCAAUGGGAAUUUUACCACAUCAAAUAAAUAAUUGAUGACAUGAAUGUUUGCCACAGUGUUUAGCACACUUUAAACACCUGGUUUUACCACACAGUGUAAUAUAGACUGAACCUUUCUGAACAUUCCAAAGGAAUACCUAUUCAUCAUCUGCUACCUCCUACUUAUUCUCUCUCAUACCCUCACUGAUUGGCAUCUAAUACAGCCUUGCCUUCCUCAUUUAGUCUUUAGAUCUCAGAUAGGUGCGUUCUCACCUAUUUUCUUACUGACUUCUAUUUCUGCAGGGUUUUUUUGUAUUUUACACCUGCUUUUCCAAAGUUAUUCUCCUUGUUUUUAGACUUUUUUUGGUAACACUUAUCGAGAUACAAUUCACAUACCAUACAAUUUGCCCAUUUUAAAUGUAUAAUUCAGUCGUUUUUAGUAUGUUCACAAUGUACUAUAACCAUCACCACAGUCAGCUGUGACCAUUUUCGUUAUCCCAAAAAGAAAUCUGGUACUCUUUAGCUGUCGCCCCACAAGCUCUUUGCUUCCCCCCAGCCUUACACUAUUGCUGAUCUGCUUUCUGUCUCUAUCAAUUCUCUUAUUAUGAACAUUUCAUAUAAAUGAAAUCAUACACUAUGUGGUCCUUUGUGACUGGCUUCUUAACAUUUUUAAGGUUUAUCCAUGUGGUAGCAUACAUCAGUACUGCAUCCCUUUUAAUGGCUGAAUACUAUUCCGUUCUAUUUAUAUUAUAUUUUGUUUAUCCAUUAGUUGAUGGGCGUUUGGGUUGUUUUUACUUUUUGCCUAUUACAAAUAAUGCUGCUGUAAACAGUUGUGUACAAAUGUUUGCAUUACCCUGUAUUUUCUUUUAGCUUGAGUGUAUACCUAGGAGUGGAAUUGCUGGCUCAGUGGGAACUCUGUGUUCAGCUUUUUAAGGAACUGCCAGACUGUUUUCCAAUCUCCUUGUUUCUUGCACUGCACACAUAACCGCUUUUCACUUAUCUAUUUAUAAAGUAUGUUUGUUUCUGCCUUGGCUAUUUUCUGCUGUUCUUCGAACCCAGGCUUUUCCCAUCAUUUCCUACUUCAGGAUAGUCUACAUCAUGCAGUAGCAAUGGUUCUCUCUCUCUCUCUCUCUCUCUCUCUCUCUCUCUCUUUGCCUUCUCUCCCUCUGUCUCUUUCUCCCUUUCCUGUCACCAGUACAUCUUUAUACUUUCUCUAGACUCUUCUGAGCCAUUGACAACUUCUAGUUUUCUAUAAUCAUAUCUAUAAAAGGAAUAUCUGUUUGAAGAAUUAUAUUUAUUAAUUUGUUUCACUGCUCAACUUAUUUCUUUUUUUUUAAGAUGUUUGGGGUAGGAGUUUAUUAAUUAAUUUUUAUUUAUUUUUGCUGUGUUGCAUCUUUUGUUUCUGUGUGAGGGCUUUCUCUAGUUGUGGCAAGUGGGGGCCACUCUUCAUCGCGGUGCGCGGACCUCUCACUAUCGCGGCCUCUCUUGUUGCAGAGCACAGGCUCCGGGCGUGCAGGCUCAGCGGCCAUGGCUCACGGGCCUAGCCGCUCCGCAGCAUGUGGGAUCUUCCCGGACCAGGACACGAACCCGUGUCCCCUGCAUCGGCAGGCGGACUCUCAACCACUGCGCCACCAGGGAAGCCCUAAAAUCAUCUUUAUAUAUUCAAAUCUGAUACCUUGCUGAAAACUCUUCAGUUGCCUUACCAUAAAGACCAAUUCUGUAAAGUACCCUCAAGCCCCUGCAUAAUCUGGCCCCUGCCUACUUCAUCUCAUUUUAUUUCAUCUGAUCCUAUAACCAUAUGCAGUAUACCUACAUGUCAAAUGAAGAUACCUUGGUACUUCCACAUAGGGACAUUGUAAGGUUCAAGUUAAUGCAUAUAAAAUGCAUUGUUUUUAUUGAGUAAAUGCUUAAUAAGUACCAGCUGUAAAAAAUAGCAAUAGCAAUUAUUACUUCCUUUGUGUCAGCUGUAUUGGACUUCUUUCAGCAUGUCAAAUGCACUACAAUAUUUUUUCAUUAGGUGUUUGAAUUUUGCUAAAAAGCUCCAUUUCACCUUAUUCUAGCUUGUUUAUACUCAUCGUUCAUGUUUUAAUCUGGUUACAUUCUCAUAAAAAUGUUGCAGCAUUAAUUUGAUUAUUGCCAUAUACUAAACACUGUAUUAUUUAAAUUAUCUUUUUCUCCUGUAAUGAAAAUGUAUGUAUUGGCUCUUUAAGCUUGAAUACAAUCAGCUCAUGGGUUGUAAUGUUAUACAUUUUGAGUUCGUGUGAAAGUGUAUAUGAGCUGGUUCAAACCACUCCUCUUGUUACUUCAUGUCCUGCAGCUGGGGGGAAAUCUGGGCCAGGAGAUAACAUAGAUAAUGGUAGGAUUUUCCAUCACAGAGGACAACUGGAAGUGCUAAAAUUAACACAUAUUGAACAACAGUAGCAUAUUGAGGGCCUGCAGAGUAGAGGGAGAGAUGCAUCACACGCAGAAUAAGUUAAAUCUUUUUAAAAAAAACCUAAGGACACAUGGUCUUCAAAAAUUAAAACACAAAUGUACUGAACCUCUUUAACCUCAUUCAUUUUUCUUAUUUUUCUAGCACGAUGCUCAGAUUUGUCCCCUACAUCAUGUUUAUAAGAAAAUAACAUAUCACAUUUAAAUUCUUUUGAGAACUGACUUAAUGUAUGUUAAAGGACUGGACUAUCAGAUGGGAGUUUGGGGUGGGAGGUGCUGUCCUGAGCAAUUCAAGCCUAAACGAAGAUAGGGUGUUUCUGCUGAGAAAAGUCUCCACCUGGGAAACGAGUGGUCCCUGUUGCAUAGUUGGCAGGAAUAGCCAGCUUAUAAAAAUGUCCUUCUCUCCCCACCCCCCCCCACAGUUAUUUUUAUGUAAUGAAGAUUACAUUAGUUGUCUGAAAUUCAAUUCCUGCCUUAGAAAU